AGUAGCUGGUCGAUUAAGGAUAAUGCACGGAACCUACACAAGCGAGCAGCCAACAGAUUUUCAGGCUGCCACCGCCGCAGCAGCAGCGGCGGCAGCAGCAGCAGCAGCCGCUGCCUCAGCUUCAGUGUCUGCGGUGAGAACUACAGCUGAGCAGAGGGAUUUGGAGCGGGAAAGCAACAGCAAUGAGCCGGACGAGUGGAGCAUGAGCGAAUGCGGUUUCGCGGACAACGAUGUACAGCGUGCAAUACGCGGCGGCAGCGCCGCCGAAGACAUUACACAAUACCCCAUACACGGCUGGGUGGAUGUGACCAAGGAGUUUCACGAUGCCUGCGCCGAGCUGCUGCCCGGCGAGCUGGCGCAGGACAUGCUGUUUGGUUUGUUUGAGGCUAUGUCUGCGAUAGAGAUAAUGGAUCCCAAAAUGGAUGUGGGCAUGGGCUUCGAUAAGUUCGAUUUGCCGCCGCCCUCUUUCGAGGCGGCCGUUGCGAUGGGCGCCAUUAAGUUGGAUGGCCUGGAGCCGGCAGAGCUUAUUGGCAUUUUCGAUGCACUGUUUGCAUGCUUGGUCUCCUGGCUGGAAGGCAAUUCCAUGGAUCAGGUGUUAUUCACCUGCCUCUAUCUGCAUGCACCAUCACAGAUACAGGACAAGGCGCUGCGCGUCUUUUGCACCGCUGUGCGCAAUCUGAUUGUGGUCAUCAAAAAUAUCAUCAUACUGGCUGCUGUCAACGAGGAGGAGGAUUUUCAAUUGUAUGGCAAUUCGGCGCUGCUGGCAGCGGAAAAGGCUCAGCCCACAAGCAUUGCCGGACUAUUGAAAGAGGUGGAGGAUGAGCUGGUGCGCAAGUGCAAACAGCUGCCGCCGGUUGAAAAUCAAAAUCUCAUGGCUGUGGUACAUCGUUUACGCUUUAUGCGCCACCUAUUCCAAGCCAUUUACCAACUGGAGCUAAUGGUGGGUGCUGAGAGCGCCGAGGAGGCGGUCAAUGAAAUCUACAAGAGUCUCAAUGUGGCGUCCGAGCUGCUGCCGCUCAUUAAACGCACCAUCGAACGUGGCACCCAGCCCGUUGAGGGAUCCGAGGCGCCUAAUCCCAUGGGUUUCUCUCCGCGCAUACAUGACAGAAGCCAGCCACCCACAUUUCCGCGCAGUAUCAAGAUACGUGAACGUCCCGCCAGCUAUCAAUUUCUGGAGGAGAUGGUGGCGCGUUUCAAGUACGCCUGCAAGGUGAUACGCUAUAAGGACUAUUACUCCGCGCUGAACUUCUUCAUCGAGUACAGCCGCAAAUCGGGACACUGCAUCCUCUCGCGCAGCGUGCUCCAGAGCCUGUUUAGCUCGAGUAUACGCUUAGCACAUGGCAAACAAUCGAUGAAGCAAUUUUUACGACAUUCGGUGCAGGCAUUUAAUUCACCGCCCGUGCUGAAUCCCAAGCAUCCGGUGGCCAGUGAUCCUAAGGUGCAGCAGCAUCUGGAAACCUUCUUUCGCUAUUGCAUCAACAUGAACACCUUCAAUCAGUUCAUACGCUUGUGCGGCUUCAAUCGUGCACGGCAGCGCGAUAAGCUGGCGCAUCUAAUUGAGAAUUUCGACCCGCUGCAGGUGGAUGCGGCACGUCUGGAUUCGCUGAUGAAUCAGCUGGCCAAUGAGCGCGCCAUGGAGGGCAAUGAGUCGCAUGCGACGGCGCUGAAGCACAGCACGCACUUCUCCACGUGGGUGCUGUAUAAUUGCUUUCGUGCGAUGCUCAUCUAUCUGAUGUCUGGCUUUGAGCUGGAGCUGUAUGCUGUGCACGAGUUUCUGUACAUAUAUUGGUAUCCCUAUGAGUUUCUAGUGGGUUUUCUGGUAUCGGCGCUGACGCGCACAGAGAAUAUAUUGCUGGCGCAAGAGGAAUAUGCUGAGCAUCAGAGCAAAAUUCAAUUGAAUGGCGGUGGCAGCGGUUCUGGCGGCAAGAAUCGCAAGGCUGCCAAGCCCAAGAAGAAUAAGAAACAACAACGUCCCUAUCGCCAGGAGAUCGUCUAUUACCAUGCCCUGCUCAGCUUGUGCGGCGGCAUGUACAAGGCCAUGGGUGCUCUAACCAAAGAUGGACGCGUGCGUCUGCCCAUGUCCAAGUUCGACAAUGAGGAAAUACGCUACAAUCGACGCUUCUCGCCAUUUGUGCCCCUCACCAGCCCGCCGCCAGUGUCCUAUGCUGAAUUCAAAAAUAUACGCGAUCACAUGAUGCUCAACAGCGUCGAGGAGCUGUACAGCUAUGCGGCCAAGCAUUUCGAUCAGGCGCGCAAUGUGCUCGAAAGCAUACAGAACCCCGAGCAGGAGAUUCUGGACCUGCUGCAAAUAGCGCGUACCAAUUUUGUGGUGAUGAAUGUGCUCGCCCGUGGCCACCAGAAGGAGGUGAAGCGUCAGCCGGAAUUUGAUUUUAGCAGGCACAGCUAUUUUCCCAUUAUCAAACUGAAGUAGCUCCCAAGUUCGUGUUCAUAUCGCUCCUCUCUCUCUAAUCAUUAAUUGUCUUAGAUCUUUCUUUUACAUUUUGUUUCGUCCCUUAACAAAUAAAAUUGGUUUGUAUUCAUACAGCGGAGACUGUAA